AUGGUUCAUAAAAGCAAGUCAUUUUGGAUUACAAAUUUUAAAGAUCACAUAAUAAACAUAAACGUUGGAGGGUUAAAGAAACGGGUGAGUUCCAUUACACUGUCCCAGUUUCCAGAUACUAGACUUGGACGAUUGCUAUCUUGUGAAUCAGAAGAGUCUAUCUUACAAAUCUGUGAUGAUUAUGACUUGGUGUCUAAGGAAUUUUACUUUGAUAGAAACCCUGGCCUAUUUCCUUAUGUUCUAUACUUCUAUGAAACUGGUAAGCUCCAUCUAAUGGAAGAUUUAUGUGCCUUUUCAUUCUCCCAAGAAAUUGAAUAUUGGGGAAUCAGUGAAUUUUUUUUAGAUACUUGUUGCAGUUAUCGGUAUCAUGAACGUAAGCUAGAGAGUAGACGGCGCAACUGGGAUGAAGAAAGUGAGGUAAGCAGUAUUGAUACCUCAGCCGAUGAAAUUUCUGAUUUUAACAUCGACCUAAUGCGGUUUAACAACUUACAGUGCGGCAAUUUGCGUAAACGACUUUGGCUUACCAUGGAAAAUCCUGGCUAUUCUAUACCUAGCAAAAUUUUUAGUUUUAUUUCAAUUUGCGUGGUUCUACUCUCUAUAUCUACAAUGUGUAUCAACAGCAUGCCAGAGUACCAGCACUUUGAUGAAGAUGAUAUUCUGAUUGAUGACCCAAUAUUGCAUAAUCUUGAAUAUUUCUGUAUUUCUUGGUUUACUUUUGAAGUAUCAUCUCGACUGAUUCUUGCACCAAAUCUUAAGAAAUUCUUCAAGCAUCCUUUAAAUCUCAUUGAUAUUGUAUCUGUGCUACCAUUUUAUUUUACCCUUUUGGUGGAUGUAACUUUUGGCAGUGAUUAUGAGUUGGGAAAUUUGGGGAAAGUAGUGCAAGUAUUUCGCCUAAUGAGAAUUUUUCGAGUGCUGAAGUUGGCCCGACAUUCAACCGGACUACGUUCUCUUGGAGCAACACUAAAGCAUAGCUACAGAGAAGUGGGAAUUCUGCUCCUUUAUCUGGCAGUGGGCGUGUCUGUUUUCUCUGGAAUGGCAUAUACUGCAGAAAAGGAUGAAGACACAGGAUUUGACACAAUCCCUUCUUGUUGGUGGUGGGGAACAGUGAGCAUGACCACUGUAGGCUAUGGAGAUGUAGUGCCCGCGACUGUUGCAGGAAAACUAGCUGCCUCUGGCUGUAUCUUAGGAGGGAUAUUGGUCGUGGCUCUGCCUAUAACAAUUAUAUUUAAUAAGUUUUCGCACUUUUACCGACAGCAAAAAGCUCUUGAGAAUGCUGUGAGAAACAGUGAUAGAAGGACAACCAAUGACAAUGACGUAACCGAGGACAAAUACACUGACAAUUCUGCAGAGCUUUAA